AUGUAUCCGCCAUCCGAUGUCUAUCCUCUAAUAGACUAUUGUGCCACUAUCUUGCCAUAUCAACAGGGAGAUGAAGCUGAUAACACCAUACUACAACGCAUACGGGUAAUGGACUCCUGGCCGGCGCAGUCUGGGGUCGGUCAAGAAUCCGACGACGGUGAGCUCUCGUCAAGUGAGGAAUCUGAACGCGCCAGUGUGGACGGGGGGAAAGUUUCUUUGAUCGGCCACUUAGACAGCGUAUCGCUCGGAUGUAAACACGUGGCAUUCUAG